AUGUCAGUGUGUGGAAGCCUUCAAAACAUCUUUGAAAACUCUUCAUUGCCAGAAAACCCUACCCUCCUUGAAUCCCUCUCCUUCACUGAGAUAUUUGGUGAACUCCAUUUCAAGGAAAACCACACAGCCCUAACCCUAACCCACAACAACAACAACGAAUAUGUUUCAAACACCACCCCGACAGCAACAACACCCCACAAAAACAUGCAUCUGUGCACUGAAGGGCUUGGCUUUGAGAGCUCCGAUGAUGUCGAAGACUCGAAGAAUAACGAGGUGAAUGGUAGUAAUGAGUGCUGGGAAAAUGAUGUGAGAGAGAAAGAAUGUUAUGAAAACAAAAAGUGUUUAGGGUUGGAAGAUUGGUGUGAAUGGAGGACAAGGUCGUCAAUUAGGGUUAGUAAUAAUAAUGGGGUGGAAUACCCUCCUCCGAUUUCGAGCAUAGGGAGGAGUGGGAAGCCUUGUGUUAGCUUCAUGUCUUAUAGGGAUAAUGGAAGGUUUGUCCUUAAGGAAGUAAGGACACCCAUUCAGGAGUUUCUGCAUGCUCACAGGGAAGAUGGGAGGUUGAAGCUUCACUUUGUGCAGCCAGAGGAUGAAGAAAAAGAAGAAGAUGGUGACGACGAGGAUUAUGAUGAGGUAGAAAGUGUAGUGGAAGAAGAACAUGUGUGA